AUGACCGGCCCCUUGAGACUGAUGGCCGGGCAGCUACGGGGGGCGGAGGGGGGCUGGGACCAGCGGGACAAGAGGGACAUCAGGCCCGUGUGUGAGGAACAUCAGGAGGAGGUGAAACUCUUCUGCGAGACGGAGAGGAAGAUGAUUUGCGUGAAUUGCCUGGACCGCAGAGACGAGAGGAGUCACACCGCCCACAACUUCAUGCUGAUCAACGAAGCUGUCGAUAUCUACCGGGAGAAGAUAAACACUGUCAUCUACUCGCUGAAGCAAAAGAAGACCUCGUUUCAAGACAUUGAACUAAAACAGCAGGAAAGCAUUUCGGAAAUUAAGGAACAGUCGACCAGACUGCAGACGGUGAUCGACACGGAGUUUGCCAAGUUGCGCUUGCUGCUGGACGAGAAGGAGAAGAAGCUGGUGAAGGAGCUGAACGAGGAGAAGGACGAUGUCCUGCUCAGGAUGCACAACAACCUGCAGGAGAUACGUGACAACUCACAGGACACCCAGCAGAAGCUGUCCUACAUCGAGAUGCAGCUGAACCAGCAGGAUGCCCUGAGCCUGCUCAUGCAGUGCACUGAGGUGCUUCUGUUGUUACCUCCGGGGGCCAGGUGUGUGUUCCUCAAGGAGUUGGACUUAUCCUCGUGCCUCCACCAUGCAGCCAAGAAUGGGAGCGUCCAGAUGGUGCAGUUCCUGCUGACCACCGGACAAGUGGACCUCAACACGCAGGACAGUGGUGGAUGGACUCCAGUUAUCUGGGCCGCUGAACACAAGCACAUUGAGAUCAUCAAGUUGCUGCUGGACCGAGGAGCCAGCGUGGCCCAGAAGGACAAUGAGGAGAACAUCUGCCUGCACUGGGCUGCCUUUGCCGGUUCGUCGGACAUCGCAGAGGUGCUGCUGAACGCGCGGUGUAACAUCCAGGCGGUGAACAUGCACGGCGACACGCCCCUGCACAUCGCGGCUCGCGAGAACUUCUACGACUGCGUCAUACUCUUCCUGUCGAGGGGUGCGGACAUCGAGGUGAAGAACCGUGAGGGUGACAGCCCGUUGGACUGCUGCGUGGUCAACUCCCAGGUGUGGUUCGCGCUGCAGCUAAACAAGCGGCUGAAGCAGGGGGUGGUCAACCGAGCCGUGCGUACAGAGAAAAUCGUCAGCAGGGACAUCGCGCGCGGGUACGAGAACGUGCCCAUACCCUGCGUGAAUGCGGUGGACGAGGAGAUGUCUCCAGAGGACUACAAGUACAUCUCCGAGAACUGCGAGACGUCCACCAUGAACAUCGACCGGAACAUCACGCACCUACAGCACUGCACAUGUUUGGACGACUGCUCCUCCAGCAACUGUCUCUGUGGCCAGCUGAGUAUCCGCUGCUGGUACGACAAGGAUGCACGACUGUUGCAAGAAUUCAACAAGAUCGAACCGCCACUCAUCUUCGAGUGCAACCAGGCGUGUUCCUGCUGGAGAUCGUGCAAGAACCGCGUGGUCCAAAGUGGAAUCAAGUGAGUGUGGACGCGGUCCGCUUUCA